AUGGAUUGCGAACUGAGGUCACAUGACCCAGCGGCGACUCUAUCGGAGAUGGUGGUACUGGCUGGUGAUGAUGCCACCCCCAAUGGUCUUCUUCACUCUGUUAACCGUCCAGUCUCAUCCUCCGGGACAGGUCGAUGGGGGAAUCUGGUACUUGCAUACAAGACAUUAGGAGUCGUCUUUGGUGGGCUUGUGACUUCUCCACUUUAUGUUUAUCCGUCAAUGCCAUUGAAAUCCCCAACUGAAGAUGACUACUUGGGAAUCUACAGCAUUAUGUUCUGGACCCUCAGCUUGAUUGGAGUUGUAAAAUAUGCUAGCAUAGCUCUCAAAGCUGAUGAUCAGGGUGAAGGUAUAUUUGAAUCCACAAAUUAA